CGUUCAUUCACUGUGACCAUGGCCGUUAUCAAUCAGCCAUCCAGCACUUUCGCACAGUGGAGAAAGCCGAGGACAGAAAACCGAUAGCUCCGUCCCGCCUCCAGAGCCUCCGAACUUUGCCUCCUGAACAUCACAACCGCAGCACCCAUUGACCAUGGCGAAUCUCGCGCCAUCAGUUUUCAGGCAAGCAUCGCGUCUGGCAUCGAAGCAGUCCAUUUCCGGAGCGCCGCGGCGAGCCGUUGUCGUCCUCUCGCGCGCUUCGACUGCUCCGGCGCGCGGCGCCGGCCACCGGCGCUAUGUGACGCAAUCCAAGUCCGACCAUGCCCAAGUCCAGGUAGACACGGCCAUCCGGCUGGACCGGUCAGAGCUGGAAAAGGCGGGCGCUACACUGGAAGUGCAGUCCGGGUCCACGACCCACGUCAGCCCGAUGGCUGAUGUCCUCAAGCAGGCCACCAAGAUGGACGAGGGCCAGCGGCCCAUCUAUCUCGACAUGCAAGCCACAACACCGGUUGAUCCGCGGGUGCUGGACGCCAUGCUGCCGUACUUGACCGGCGUGUUUGGCAACCCGCACUCCCGGACGCACGCGUACGGCUGGGAGAGCGAGCACGCAGUCGAGCAGGCCCGCGAGCACAUUGCGAAGCUGAUCGGCGCCGAUCCCAAGGAAAUCAUCUUCACGAGCGGCGCCACCGAGAGCAACAACAUGAGCAUCAAGGGCGUGGCCCGGUUCUUUGGCCGGUCGGGGAAGAAGAAGCACAUCAUCACCAGCCAAACGGAGCACAAAUGCGUGCUGGACAGCUGCCGGCAUCUGCAAGACGAAGGCUUCGAGGUCACCUACCUGCCCGUCAGCAGCAAGGGCCUAAUCAACCUCGAGGAGCUGAAGGCGGCCAUCCGCCCCGACACGGCGCUUGUGAGCAUCAUGGCGGUCAACAACGAGAUCGGCGUCAUCCAACCGAUAGCCGAGAUCGGCAAGAUCUGCCGCGAAAACAAGGUCUUUUUCCACACCGACGCGGCUCAGGCCGUGGGCAAGAUUCCGCUCGACGUCAACGCCAUGAACGUGGAUCUGAUGUCCAUCUCCUCCCACAAGAUCUACGGCCCCAAGGGGAUAGGCGCGUGCUAUGUGCGCAGGCGCCCAAGAGUUAGACUGGAGCCCAUCAUCAGCGGGGGCGGGCAGGAGCGCGGUCUGCGCAGCGGCACUCUGGCCCCGGCUCUCGUGGUCGGGUUUGGCGAGGCGUGCCGCAUUGCGAAGGAAGAGCUCGAGUACGACUCCAAGAGGAUCAAGGCGCUCUCGGACCGGCUCCUCAAGGGCCUCCUGUCGAUGGAGCACACGAACCAGAACGGCGACCCGGAGCACUUCUACCCGGGCUGCGUGAACGUCUCGUUCGCCUACGUCGAGGGCGAGUCGCUGCUCAUGGCACUCAAGGACGUCGCGCUGUCGUCGGGCAGCGCCUGCACGUCGGCGUCGCUGGAGCCCAGCUACGUGCUGCGGGCGCUCGGCAACAGCGACGAGAACGCGCACUCGAGCAUCCGCUUCGGCAUCGGCCGCUUCACGACCGAGGCUGAGAUCGACUACGUCUUGAAGGCGGUCCGCGAGCGCGUCGGCUUCCUCCGCGAGCUCAGCCCGCUGUGGGAGCUCGUCCAGGAGGGCGUUGACCUGAAAACGAUCGAGUGGACGCAGCACUAGUAGGGAGGAGCGUAUCUUAUGUGCGGUAAAUAACCGUGGUUUGGGGGCGUUCUCAGUCCCUUUUGCGGCAGAGUAACGGCAGAGCAACGAGCAACGAGCAACAAGCGUCUGCUUGGUUCGACAAAGCAGACAAUAUGUAUCAUAUCAUGUAUCUAUUUUUGUUUUUGGCUUGGUUAGUCGCAGAAUGAUACCAUGAGCUGCGGCACUCCUCAAUCGACCGCCGAUUGCCCCGAACUGUCUCGGGGUGUCUCCUCUGUCUGCCACGAUAUACCUGAUCGCCUGGCUCGGC